UCUGUCCCCCCCCCAGCACAAUGAGGCCGUGAGGAGCGCGGCUGCCGGGGCUGAGGAAACGGCUGCCGGCUGCCGGCUUCCUCCUCCCGCCCUCCCCUGCUCCCAGACCAUGGGCAUGGCUGCGGAGGAGGAACACGCCGCCAGCCCCAGAGAGGAGGAAUGGCCGGAAGCAGAGAAGGCUGAGAAGCUGGCGAGAGGAGCUGCUCUGAAAUGGGCUUCGGGGGUGUUUUACCGCCCCGAGAAACUGGAGGGGCUGGGGCAGUACCGGAGCCGGGAGACCCAGAGGAACAGUUCCAUCCAGUCCCGCCUGAAGUCCACUGUCCAGUCCUACCUGGAGGGUGUAAGCAUGGGGCUGGAGCAGCUGAGGUCAGCGGUGCAGGAGGUGCAGAGCGUGUGCCAGGAGAUGGGGGCUGCACGCUGGGCCCUGCUGGACAGCCAGGAUCAGCUCCAAGGGCUGCAGCAGAUGCGGGUGCUGAUGGCAGAGCACGUCCAGCUGGCCUCCGUGGUCCAGGUGCUGCCACAGCUCUUCUCAGUCCAGGAGGUUUUUUCCCAUACCCUGCAGCUCCUCCGUGGGCAGCAGCUCCUGGAGGCCCACGUGGAGCUGAUGAUGGUGGAGCAGCUCCGGGAUGACAUCCUCUCUCAGCUGCACCUCCGGGGACUCUCCAGUGCCCAGACAACCGUGCUGUCCUACUUCAGUGGCCUGCAGGAGAUCAACGAGAGCCUGGCCAAGCAGCUGUGGGACAUCACAGGCAGCAGCCUGCAGCUGGUGCGUGAGGACCCCGUUCUCUUUGUCACCGCUGUGAGGAUCAUCGAGCGGGAGGAGAAAAUCGAUGACAAUCUGCUCCUGGAGGCCACCUUCCUGCCCCCUGGCCGCCCCAAGGGCUGGAGGCAGAAGUUUUACCACAUUCUCCAGGAGACCAUCACGGGGUCCCUCUUUCGUGCUGCCCAGGUGAAGACAGAGGGAGCAGGGCUGGCCAGGCACCUGGCAGCCCUGCAGAAGGACAUCGUGUCUGAGCUGCGGGUGGUCAAGGACCUGAUGGUCCAAUGUGUCCCAGCUCACUACAACAUCCUCAGCCUCUGCACUGCCACCUACCACCAGGCCCUCACUAGCCAUCUCCAGGACAUCCUUCGGGAGAACCUGGACAAGCAGGCUCUCUUCCUCCUCCUCGAAUGGGCUCUUCAUGUCUACCACAGCCCAGAGAUGAUGGGUCACCCAGACCUUCUACCUGAAGUGGAUGUUUCUGAUCUGGGUCCCCUGAUGUCCCCUGAGCUUGUUGAUCAGACAGAGAGGAAAUACGUGGUGAAAGUCAAGGCUAGUGUGCUCGAGUGGAUGCAGAGGACCUUGGAGGUAGAGUUCAAGGAGUGGUUCAGGGAAGAGGAACCUGAGAUGGAUCAUCAAGGCUUCUUCCAGUCAGCCCUGCCUGUCAUCAUCAUGCAGAUGCUGAAUGAGAAUAUUCAAGUAGCCUCCUUGAUCAAUGACUCUCUGCAGCAGAAGGUUUAUAACAUGGCCUUGGAGGAGCUCGAGGCAUUUCUGGGCCGUCUGCGGGAGGCCCUCGUGCACUGUGGGAAGGAGCAUCAGAAGGACCGUGCUGUACCCAAGCACUACAUCUCCUACCUGCUGGCCAUGCUCAACAACAACCUGGCACUCAGCUCCUCUGUCUCCUCCCUGCACCCUGACACUGCCUGCAGAGAAGUCCCCGUGUCCCUGCAGGCUGCUCUGGACAGGACACAGAAGAAGGCCUGCCAGCUGCUGCUGGAGGAGAUGCUUCUGGAUCUGCAGCCCCUCUGCCUGCAGCUGCCUUCCCGCAAGUGGCUCUCCAGCUCCCAGCUGGUCACCAGCAUCUGUGAAGUGAUUGACAAGUAUGCCAAGGACUUCUCCCGUGUCAGGAAACCCAUCUUCACGGUCCUGCUGGCAGAGAGUGAGCUCCUGGUGAGCAGCCAGUACCUGCGGGCACUGAUGCAGAAGAAGAUGGUGUGCAGGAGCAAGGAGGAGAGGGCUCAGCUCUGUGACCGCCUGCUGCAGGAUGCCACCCAGCUCCGGGAGCUCUUCUCUGGCCUGGGUCUGGAGCGGCAGCAGCAGAGCCUGGAAGCUGUGUUUGCCCUGAGGGAGUUGAUCUGCCUCAAGGAUCCUGCCCUGCUCAGCCUGGAGGUGCUGGGCUUCAUCACCAAGUACCCUGAUGUCAGUGAUGAGCACAUCUCCACCUUGCUGGAUCUCCGGGGUGACGUCUCCAGGGACGUGCGGCACAUGGUGCUGGAAAUGAUGGAGCAGAACCCCCAGGUCCUGCCCGAGAGCUACCAACCCAUCUUCAGCACCAUCCUGGUCCCAGCUCCAGAGCUUCCCUUCUGUCUUCGCAAGGGAAAGUGCACCUGACACCCCCCCCUCCUGCUCCCUGCUGCCCACGGACCCUGCUGGACAUCUCCGAGGCUGCCUGAGGGGUGAAGGGAUGUGACAAAAAAGAUCCUGUCCUGUGGGGGUGGUGAGCCCCUGGCCCAGGCUGCCCAGGGAAGUUAUGGCUG